AUGGCGAGAGGCGGCAACAACAACAAUUCACAACCCCCUACCAUGGAAGAGAUGAUGGCCAUGAUCAAUGGCCUACGAGAGGAGAAUGCGCGUUCCAGGGAGAGAGAAGAAGCUAUUCAACGCGAGAAUGAGGAGAUUAGGAGGAGGGCGGAUGAGAUGCAGGCCAGAAUAGCGGCUAGUACCAGGACUGUGGAGGAGGAUGUUAUGCUGGAGGUCCCUAGAGACUUUCGACCAUUUUCGGAAGCCAUAGAGGCUGAGAUCAUCCCCAGGGAUCAUCGGAUUCCUCAGGUCGAAGCUUUUGAUGGAACGCAGGAUCCCAGCCAGCACUUGACAGAUUUCCGGGCUCAAAUGCUGAUAUGUGGUGGAGGCAUGGAGGUCCGCUGUAAGCUAUUCAUGGGCACCCUCAAAAAGGCUGCACUUGAUUGGUUUAGCGGCUUACCUGAUCGGUCAAUCACUGAUUUCGACGUGUUCAGCAGGCUGUUCAUGGCACAGUUCGCCGCCAAUAAAAAGAAGCCGCCGAUCACGUCAGACCUGUUUGAUCUCAAGCAGCAGCAGGAAGAGUCGUUGAAGGACUUCCUGCAAAGAUUCAACGAGGUUGCUUUGAGGAUAGCGUCUCUAGAUGAGAAGAUGGCCGUUAUCGCGUUCCAAAAGGGAUUGAGGUCGGGAGCCUUCGACAUUGCGCUGGAAAGAGCAAGUUGUCAGACAAUGUCGGAAGUGCGAGCCUUUGCGCUGAGUCACAUUAAGACGGAGGAGGGGCAGAUCAGUAAGAGAGCAGCAGAAAACCGAUUACCAUCUUCAAAUUUUUAA